AGUAUCGGACUGCAGGGGUCGGGGGAGAAUACUGAGGUCGGCAAGCUCCGGCGCCUCCCCUCCCCAGGGAGGGCUGGAAGCUGCAGGGGGGAACUUGGAGCUCUCCGAGUCCGGUUUCCGGCGGACGCUUUUAGACAUCGGACUCUUCGAAGAUGGCGGAGCUCUUCUCAGAGGCAGAGCUGGAGUCCAGCUCCGACCCGCCAGACAGCGGCUUCAAAAAACCGGUCCUGCCAUUGCCCUCGGUGCCGCGGGAGCAUACGCAGGGCCCCGCUCCCCGGGAGCGGGAGGAGCGGGAGGAGCGGGUGGAGAAGGAGAAGGAGCCGCCGCUGGCCGGCGGUCCUGGCGAGCAGGGAGUCCGGGAGGAGCCCGGCCCCGUGCCACCCACCGAGGAGAAGCCGCGGCCGUCUAGAGCAGCGGCGGGCGCCCCUCCAGCUGGGAGCUCGGUUCCGGCUCCUCCGUACCAGGAGCCACCGUGGGGGGGGCCCCCCGACGCUCCCUACAGCCUGGAGACGCUGAAGGGCGGCACCAUCCUGGGCAGCCGCAGCCUGGAGGGCCGGAGCCACUGCGUGUUCGGGCGCCUGCCCGGCUGCGACGUGGUGCUGGAGCACCCCUCGGUGUCCCGCUUCCACGCCGUGCUGCAGCACCGGGCGCGGGGUCCCGUGGGGGACGAAGACCCCCGCGGACCCGGCUUCUACCUGUACGACCUGGGCAGCACCCACGGCACCUUCCUGAACAAAACGCGCGUCCCGCCCCGCACCUACUGCCGCGUCCACGUGGGCCACGUCCUUCGCUUCGGAGCCAGCACCCGGCUCUUUAUCCUGCAGGGACCAGAAGAUGAUAAGGAGGCAGAAUCCGAACUAACGGUAACUCAGUUGAAGGCUUUGCGAAAGCAGCAGCAGGUGAAAUUAGAGAAGAAGAUGUUGGGUGAAGACUCGGAUGAGGAAGAGGAGACAGAUGCCGCAGAAGAGAAGAGAAAUACUAGUAGUCAGGAUGUUGAGAUGGGGUGUACUUGGGGAAUGGGAGAAGAUGCCAUUGAAGAUGAAGUUGAAGAGAACCCUAUUGUCAUAGAGUUUCAGCAGGAACGUGAGGCAUUUUAUAUAAAGGAUCCCAAAAAGGCCCUGCAGGGGUUUUUUGAAAGAGAAGGGGAAGAAUUAGAAUAUGAAUAUGAUGAACAGGGACACAGCACUUGGCUUUGCAGAGUUAGGUUGCCUGUGGAUGAUUCAUCAGGAAAACAACUGGUGGCUGAGGCCCUUCACUCAGGGAAGAAAAAGGAAGCAAUGAUGCAGUGCUCCCUGGAAGCUUGUCGGAUGCUUGAUGCUUUGGGUUUGCUGCGUCAGGAGGCAGUAUCUCGAAAAAGGAAAGCUAAGAACUGGGAGGAAGAAGAUUAUUAUGACAGUGAUGAUGAUACAUUCCUUGAUCGAACUGGCUUGGUUGAGAAGAAGCGACUUAACAGGAUGAAAAAAGCUGGAAAGAUUGAUGAUAAACCAGAGACCUAUGAUUCACUGAUUGGGAAGCUAAAUAAUGCAGAGAAAGAACUUGCUGAGAUUUCAGAGAAGUUGAAAGUCUCAGGCAAAGCCCUGUCAGAGUCUACACCUCAGGAUUCUUUGGAUGCAUUCAUGACAGAAAUCAAAUCAGGCAGCACAUUAGAUGGCGUAUCCCGAAAAAAGCUUCAUUUAAGAACCUUUGAGCUGAGGAAAGAACAGCAGAGACUUAAAGGGCUGAUCAAACUCGUGAAACCAACAGAGAUGCCAGAGCUUAAAAAGACUGAAAACCAGGCUGAAAAUUUGGAAAACAAGCCUAAAAAGCUAACAUUGCCUCUUUUUGGUGCCAUGAAAGGAGGAAGCAAAUUUAAAUUAAAAACUGGAACAGUAGGGAAGUUGCCCCCUAAGCGUCCAGCACUCCCUCCAAGUUUAAUAAGAAUGAAGGAUGAGCCUGAAGAAGAGGAAGAGGAGGAAGAAGAAGAAGAACAAAAAGAGGAAAUAGGAUCCAUGGAUCAUGGGCCUCUUAAAAUGGAAAUGCAGUCAGAAGAAGCAGUGCAAGAAAGUUCUCCAAUUCCAGAUCUUUCAAAUCAGAACAAGCUGAUGGACACCAGACUUGAAACAGGGUCGUCUUUGACUCAGCCCAGCCAGGAAAGACUGAAUAAAGGAUGCCCAGAGGACGAGGGAGUGGCCCUGAUACAAGGGGAGUCCUCAGAGUCAAAGAAUAGCUGCAAGCAGAGCAAGGAAGCACUGAAGAAAUCUUCUGGUCCAAGCAGAAUACCACAAAUGCUUUCCUCAAAGUAUCCAGAAGAUGAUCCAGACUACUGUGUAUGGGUACCACCUGAAGGCUAUACAAGAUGAAAGUGAACCUGGUCUUUCUAAGACACUAGAAGGAAUGAGAAGAGUCAUGGAGCCAGAGGUGAUAUGGAGCCAGCUCAAACUCAACUGACUGUUCAUUUUCAGUAAGAGCGUUCAUACUUCAGAAAAUCAGCAAAGUACACCUCAGGGCUGGGUGUAUUGUUUUGUCGAUUGUGUGGACUUCAAAAAGCUAUGCAGAAAAUUUUCAUGAUGCAGUUUAAACUUAAAAGUGUGUCCAAUUUACAUUUCUCUUCAGAGAGCUGGUUGUAAAACCAUCACACCCCUGAAUAGGGCCCAGGCGAGUCAUGCCCAUGUAUGGGAUCCAGGCUCUCCAAAGGGACUUAAGUUGGCAGUUGAGAACCUGCGGGGCCACUGGAGGGACUAGGAUCCAUGCGCCCCUUAGCCUGCCUGGCUUUCUGUGUCUAGUUUCAAUGUGGAACAGGUGCUGUUGGGGAAAGGAAAAACCUAACACAUACCCUAUACACACAUUUCCAGAGCUCGUUAAAGCUUCUAAAUGUAUGCCUUAGUCUCUACAAAAUGUCAGAAGCAGCAGGAGGCAGGGGGUGGACUUGGGCUAGGGCUAGAGGUAGCGUGGUACAGUGAGCCAAGAACUCCAAAUGUGAAGUGAGAAAACGUGGUUCAGAUGUUGACUCUGCCACUUAAUAUCUAUGUGAUCUUGGGCAAGUCAUUUCCCUUCUCCAGGCCUAAAACCUUAAAAUAAUCAUGUCAUAAAAAUCUGAAUUUACCGAUGUGCAGGGAUUAUUCAUGGCAAUUUUUGAAAUACUAGUCUGGCUUCUUUCUGCUAUCUAGUACUGUCUAGGCUGUUUCUUACCAUCCUUGUCAUAAACUCAAGGAGACAUCAGAUGGAUGGACUAGAUAAUUUCCAAGGUCUCUUCUAGUUUCAAUAUCCUGUGACUUAAAAGCUUGGCUGUAAUAGGACCAGUAAUAGCCCUGAAUUACUCUGUGAUAACACAUCAGCUCAUUUAGUGUGAUUGCGACUAGCCCCUGUAGUUGUCUGCACAGCUCCAUUUGCCCUCCAGCCCCCCCCCCGCCCCCACUCCCAGAUGGGAACAGAGAUCAGCAGGCUCCUUAGCUUCCUCCAUGCCAGCUCCAUCUCUUUGUAAAGCUCCAGACAGAAAGUUCCUCCAUCUCCCAAGAACGUUGCAUACUUAGGACACUGCUCCCAGAGGCUAUAUUUUUACAACAUCUCUUUCAUUUGUCUUCUUCUCCCCAACUAUAAAAGCAAUAUCCUAGUUCAGGUGUUUGUCGCUUCUUGCCUAGUUUAUUGUAAAAGUCUCUUAAUUGUUUUAUCUUCAUGCAACUUCUCCCAUCUCCAGGCUAUUCUGUAAACAGCUGCCAAGUAGAUAUUCCUAAAUAUCCAGUCUGACCAUGGCACUGCCCUUCUCAAAAAGCUUCAGUGGUUCCCCAUUGCUUCCAGGACAAAAAUCUAGAUUCCUCUUUUUGGCAUUUAAAGGCUACAUUUCCAGGCUAAUUACCCAUUAUUCCCCUCCAUAUAAUCUGCAGGCCGGCUGAACCAUCCUACUUGUUUUUCUCCAUUCAUAUCAUUCCAUCUCCUGCCUCUUUUCAGAGAGCUGGUUGUAAAACAUUUACCAGCACAUCCCUAAAUGGAAUCCAGACAAGUCUUGCUUGUGCUAGAGGCUUGAGAUCUUUGUUUACACCUUUCCAAAGAGACUUAAGUUGGUAGUUUGUCCAGUCCCUUCUCACGUCUACAUGCCUUCACACUGGCUGUUUCCCUUGUGACUGGAAUGUUCUCCCUCCUUGCCGCUGCCUCUUGGAAGCAUCAGCUCUCCUCAAGGUUCAGCUCCAACGCCACUUCCUACAAGAGAUCUUCUCUUGAUUUCCUGAUUUCUUAAUGCUAUCUCCCUCCCUGAAAUUACUUUACGUUUAUUUUUUAUGUAUUUAGCAUUUACUUAUCUGUGUACACAUUAGUUCUCACCAGUAGCAAGUUAAGUUCCCUGAGGCCAAGGCCUGUUUUGGUUUUGACUUUGUUCAAGUCAAGAAGCAUUUCUUAAGUGCCUAUGGUAUGUCAAGCACCAUGCUUACUCUCUAUCGGAGAUACACAAAAAGGCAAGAAAAACACCCCCCCCCAAAAAAAAACCCAAACAAACCACCCAAUCUCUGCUGUCAAGGAACU